AUGGAGGGGGAGUUUCACAGCCACUUAGAGGAGAAGGUUCGACCUUACAUCGAUCUGAUCGACUCUCUGAGGCUGAUUGGGAUUGAAGAGGAUAUGUCUUUACCACGUAUAGCUGUGAUUGGAGAUCAGAGCUCUGGAAAAAGCUCAGUGUUGGAAGCUCUAUCUGGUGUAGCGUUGCCCAGAGGAAGUGGUAUUGUUACCAGGUGUCCACUGGAGCUAAAGCUGCGGAAGAUUAGGGGUGGUGUUAACUGGAGAGCUGUUAUUUCUUACAAAGACGAGUUUAUUGAGUUUUCUGAUCCGUCUGAGGUUGAGGGUUACGUUGAGACAGCCCAGAAUGAGUUGGCUGGAGAAGGAGUUGGAAUCUGUGAUGAUCUCAUUACUCUGGAGAUCAUGGCUCCCGACGUGUGUGAUCUCACACUGAUCGAUCUACCCGGGAUUGCCCGAGUUCCUGUAAAGGGUCAACCUGAGGACAUCGGACACCAGAUUAAAAAUCUCAUCCUGAAAUACAUCGAGAAAAAUGAAACGAUCAACUUGGUUGUGGUGCCGUGUAACGUUGACAUAGCCACAACAGAAGCACUGAAAAUGGCACAGGAAGUGGAUCCUGAAGGGAAAAGAACUCUGGCUAUCCUAACCAAGCCAGACCUUGUGGACAUGGGAACAGAGAAAAAUAUCUUGGAAAUAGUCCGAAAUCAGGUCAUUCCCUUGAACAAAGGAUACAUCAUCGUUAAAUGUCGUGGCCAAAAGCAGAUUGAUGACGGGCUUUCUCUGACUGAAGCAACUCGAGUGGAGAGAGACUUCUUCAGAUCUCAUGAAAUCUUCAGUUGCCUGUUGUAUGAGGAGAAAGCAACGGUCCAGUGUCUCUCCUCCAAACUAACUCAAGACCUGGUCGAUCACAUUAAGAGCUCGCUACCUUUGCUAUCAGAGCAGAUAAAGAAGCAGCUGUGGGACAUGAGGAAAGGACUGAGUCAUUGUGAAGCUGGUCCACCACUGGACCCGCAGAAGAGGAAGACCUUCUUUAUUCAGACCCUGACCACUUUCAAUGAUAAGAUCAACCGCUUGUCCUCCGGUGAAGUGGUCAACAAUGAGAACUUGUUUGUGCUGCUUCGGACUCAGUUCAAAAAGUGGAAGGAACAUCUUGACGGCACAAAGGAAUCAUUCCACCAAACGGUUCAGGAUGUGGUGAAGGAGUAUGACCUGAAGCACAGAGGAAAAGAGCUGCCUGGUUUCAGUGACUACAAGGUGUUUGAGAUGGUGGUGCAGAAAUGUGUGAGCCAGCUAACAGCACCAGCUACUGACACUCUAAGGAUCAUACGAGAGAUAAUUGAGAAUCAGUUUGCUGACGUGUCUAAAGCCUGCUUCACCAACUACCCUUACCUCCAGAGUAUUGCAGCGAACAAGAUAGACAACAUUCAAUCGAAGCAGGAAGCCAAGGUGGAGCAAAGGAUCAUGGAGCAGUUUGAGAUGGAGCAACUGGUCUACACCCAAGAUGGCAUCUACUUCAGGACCGUGAAUGAAACUCAAACCACUGGAGCUACAGAGGACAACUUUAUCGUCUCGCAGCGUCUGGCUGACCAGGUGCCCAUGCUGAUCCGUUAUUUCAUGCUAAAGGAAUCCGCUCAGCUGCUGUGCAGCGAGAUGUUGGGUUUAAUGGACGGCGUCAACGUGAACGAAGCCCUGCGCGAAGAGUCCGAGGCCGGCAGACGCCGCGCCGACAUCCAGAACCGCGUGGAACGACUCGCCGUAGCCCAAGAGAAACUGAACCAAUUUGGAUCUAAGGAUCUACUGCAAAAUUAAUUGAUUUCAAGUUUCUUGUAUUUGGAUCGAGACCCGCUUGUGACCACAGGUGCAAGAUUGAGUUAUAAGGAAUAAGACAGCUGACUGAUUAAGACAAUUGUUAAAACUAUAUGAAUUGACCAAUGUGAACACUUGAUAUUUACACACCUGGCUGAGUAAACAAA